AUGGCUCCUUACGAUAUCUCUACUCGUGCCCUUGUUGUUUCUUUAAAGGCUACUGGCAAGUCGAAUGAGGAGAUUACCUUUUUAACUGGUAUCAAAAAGCGGACGAUUAACAAUAUAUUUGCUCGAGCUAUUAAACGUGGCUUCGAUCCCUGCCAACGGCCUAUUAAGAUCCAAGACAAGUAUCUUGAAGAUGCUUCUCGAUCUGGUCGGCCAUCAAAGCAGGGAGAGUUCCUAGAGCAGGUAGUCAAUCGCGUACGCACUGAUCGCUAUGGACGAGAGAAGUCUUGCGCUGACAUUGCUGGCGCGCUUAGCCAAGAGGGAGUCAAUAUAUCAGAUAUCAGUGUGGCGAAUCUUGAAGAAAGCAGGCUACAGAAAGACGAAGCCAACGAGGAAGCCUGGAUUGACGAAGAAGAUGAAGGAAGCUCGGCUUAA